GAGGUGACACCAGUCUAUGGGUGACAGGGUGACUCCAGUUCACAGGACUGGCUUGCAUUACAUAUCCCAGAAUCCUUUGCGGCUCGACGAGGAAGGACGAGAACUGAGGACACAGCAAGACACGCUCCAAGUGUCACUAAGUUAAAGUGAAAAGAUGUCUGAGACAAUGGAAGAUAAGAUCAAGUCAUACAGGACUGCACCCUUUGACGCCCGAUUCCCAAACACCAACCAGACCCGCAACUGUUUCCAGAACUACCUGGACUACCACAGGUGCAACAAAGCUCUGUCAGCCAGAGACCAGGAUGUGGCUCCCUGUGAUUGGUACCAGAGGGUUUACAAGAGCCUCUGUCCCAUGAGCUGGGUCGGCAGAUGGGACGAUCAGAUAGAGAAUGGAAGUUUCCCUGGAAAGAUCUGAACUUUGGCGGCCGUUGUUAAUCAGGACAGUCCCCUGCAGGACCUUCUGUUACGUACACCUUUACCUCUGUUGUGUGCCUGAGGACAUCUUUUAACAGCUUUCACAUCAUGAUCAUCAUCAUCACUGAUGUAACUGGUAUUUACUUAAAUUAUAAACACGCACAACUUUUUAACCUUCAUGUUAAGGUCAGAAGUUUGUUUCUCGUGUCAAUUGUAAACUUCUUUUUGGCGUUUGAUCAAUAAAAACAGUUUUGAUUUAAC